AAUCGUCCACUAUCCGGCCUAUCGUGCUUGUGGCAUUCCAACAUCUGCCGCUUCUCCAGUUUUCGGGUUUUCGGCGAUUGGCGUAAUUCCGCUUCGUUUUGGGACAAUCUGAGAUCAAGUCCGUUUUGUAAAUCUUUAUCCAGAAAUUUAAACCAAAAUGGCUCGCGGCCCGAAAAAGCAUCUGAAGCGCUUAGCGGCACCGAAACACUGGAUGUUGGACAAGUUGGGUGGAGUUUUCGCUCCUCGUCCUAGCUGUGGUCCCCAUAAGCUCCGCGAAUCCUUACCACUAAUUAUCUUUCUCCGGAAUCGUUUGAAGUAUGCGCUGACUGGUGAUGAAGUUAAGAAAAUCGUUAUGCAGCGAUUGAUCAAAGUUGACGGAAAAGUCCGCACUGAUCCCACUUUCCCCGCUGGUUUCAUGGAUGUGAUCAAUAUUGAGCGGACAAACGAGAACUUCCGUCUGAUCUACGAUACCAAGGGCCGAUUCGCAGUUCAUCGCAUCACGCCAGAAGAAGCCAAGUACAAACUGUGCCGCGUGAAGAAGUUGGGUGUCGGUCCCAAAGGUGUCCCGUUCUUGGUGACUGGUGACGGCCGCACCAUCCGCUAUCCAGAUCCAUUGGUUAAGACCCACGAUACCAUCCAGUUAGAUAUCGCCAGCAGUAAGAUUCUCGACUUCAUUAAGUUCGAAGUUGGCAACUUGUGCAUGGUUACUGGUGGUCACAACUUGGGUCGUGUCGGCACCAUCACUAGCCGCGAACGACAUCCGGGAAGCUUCGACAUUGUGCAUAUUAAGGACUCCUUGGGACACGUUUUUGCCACUCGAUUGAAUUACGUGUUCGUUAUUGGAAAGGGUACGAAGCCAUAUGUCAGUCUCCCCCGCGGAAACGGUAUCAGGCUGAGCAUUGCGGAAGAGCGAGAUCAGAGAAUUGCUGCGAAGAGAGAAACUACUGCAUAAUUAUUGUUGUAUUGCGAUUCAUCGAUGAUUUUAUGUCAAUAAAGCGAAAAACACGU